UAACCUCACUUUUAAAGAUUUGGAUCCAGAAACACACUGAUUAAAAAGUUAGGAUCCCAACUAUAAUCUUCCCUAGAUCAACUCUGCCUAUCUCGCCGAGCAAAUUUUGGUAUAAAUACAGUCAUAUCUAUCCAAUCUUGCUAUCACUGUAGUGAGAGAUGGCAAGGGACAGCUGUAUGGCACGAGUGACGGCGGGGGUUGCAGUCGGCGGUGCCGUCGGCGGCGCUGUUGGAGCUGUUUAUGGAACUUAUGAGGCUAUUAGAUACAAGGUACCAGGCCUUCUAAAAAUAAGGUAUAUUGGAAAAACAACACUGGGGAGCGCUGCUGUUUUCGGUCUUUUCUUGGGAGCUGGAAGCUUGAUACACUGUGGGAAAUCUUAUUAGGUUUUUUCAUCUAAGUUCUUCAAUAAGUAAAAUUUUUGCUGCUUUUGAGAAAUAGAUGACCUAAAUGAUUUUCCCAAGAGUGUUACGCAUAUAAUUGUUUGAGUGGAAUCAGGAUAGUUUCUGCAAUAGUUAAACAAGUUCUUGUGAACAUAACUUUGAUUUCUUCCCCCUUUUGAGCUACAAUAUGACUGCAGUGUACUGGAAUCUUUGAGUCGUAAUUGAUUUUGCGAUAUUUUGAGGUGGUUCUUGGUCAA